CGCAGCUUUCCGCCUUUAACGGAAAAUAGAGGAGACAAAGUAAGAAGCUGGUCCGUGUCCGAAAGACGGAGACGCGUGAGGACUCAACAGACGAGUUUAGAAUGAGAGGACACUGAGGGAGAAGACACACUGAGGGAGAGGACACAUACUCGCUGCCGUAAAGCUCGUCGAAGAAGAAGAAACGUCCCGCCUUCGGACGCGCGUGCAGCAGCGGGACGGUGAGAGACGGUGAGUUGGUUCUAAACGUUAAACCGUUAACGGGAGAGUCCGUGUUUACAGGUUAGAGCCGAACCUGCUUCACUUAAGUCUGGGUUCAGUCGGUUUGUCUCCGGAUAAACAGCCCGGCCAUCAGCAGGAAGCGGCCCCCACCGCCCCCUCAGACUCCGGGUCUCUGUAAAGCUCUGACACCGCUCUGUACCCACCGUACUGUGGAAGGAGCUGAGGGAGUAAAGCUUUUACAAACUGAUCAGUAGCAUCAACUCUGCACCUCCUCCUCCUCCUCCCAUCAUGAAUCCUCUUGCAGACUCCGCCCCUCCCUCCCCUCAGAAGAAGAAGAGGAGGUUGGAGAGUCUGGAGGAAUCUCCUGCUCCUGUCGACAUCGACACACCUGAGAGAGCAGUGAAGAAGAAGAAGAAAAAGAAAAGACAGGAGGAACAAGAGGAGGUUUGUCUUCCUCUUCCUCCUGCUGAUGUGGAGACAAACAGCCACAGUGAAGAGAAGAAGAAGAAGAAGAAGAAGAGAAAACAGAGGCAGGAGGGGGGAGGAGCAGAGGAGGAGGUGCAGGAGGCGCAGGUUGCUGUAGAAACCAGAGAGACAGAAAAGAAGAAGAAACAGAAUAACGGACUGAGCGAGGCCAGCGUUGUCACGGUAACAAAUCACAACAUAGAAACAGACGGCCUGGUUUCCACGGAAACAACCAAUGCCGGGGUGGAGGGGAAAAAAAAGAAAAAGAAAGAUGGCAGUGUGGUGAAGGCGAUGUCACAGGAAAGAGGGAAUGUGGAAGAGAAGAAGAAGAAGAAAGAGGAGACGUGGACGACAGGAAGAGGAGGAGCGAAGAGGAGGGAGAGAGGAAGAGCAGCUGUCGAAGAUCAGUUGGACUGGACGCUGGUGGACGAGCUGCUGGAGUUUGUUCCACACGUGAAGAAAAAAUCUGUGGAUCAGAUCAAUAAGCUGCUGAGAUACGACCUGCAGCGCUUCAAAAGCUUCAAACAGCAAGGUGUGUCCCUGCGUCAGGGGCGGUGCUCUCAGCAGGAGAAUCAGCGAAUCAGAGAGAACGUGCUGGACUUCCUGGCUCUGACGGGCAUCAGCUCGGCCGAUCAGCUUCUGUUUCCUCAGAGGUACAAAGAGCAGGAGGCGGAGAUCAGGAGGCUUCGAGUACAACAUCACUUCCUGGAGAGGAUUGCUGAGGGGAUACCUCGGACGUGUCAUCAGGUUCACACCAGAGCUAAGAAGAUUUUUGACAACAGGAACCACAUGGGAAGGUUCUCGGGGGAGGAGCUUCAUUCUCUAAUAAAGUUACAGAACCUUCAUGGCAACGACUGGAGGACGAUUGCUCAGAAGAUGGACCGCAGCGUCUACGCCCUACAGAAACGCUUCGCCGCCAUCGCUGCAGGUUGUGGGUCGUGGAGCUCAGAUGAAGAGUCCAGGUUGAAGAGCGCUCUGAAAGCUCACCUGGAGGUCGUGGCCCAGCAGAGCGGUUCAGGUCCCGGCCUGAGCAGAGACCAGCUGUGUAACAACCUGCCGUGGAAGGAGAUCAGUCAGUGCGUCGGAACCAGAUCCUGGAUCCAGUGUCGCCUCAAAUGGUUCACCCUCCUGAAGUCAAAACUGUCUGCAGGUGGCAGCACCUUCAACAGAGGAGCCGAAGGACUUCAGGCAAAAAUCCUCCUCAUCAACACACUGUACAACAUGCGUGUGGACGAUGCAUCAGACAUCGACUGGGACGAGGUUGCUGAGACAGUCAGCAAAGUGACUCCUGUGUGUGUACAGAAGUGUUUCCACAGACUGAAAGUUUCCAGAGUUCCCAACUGGACCAGUUUAUCUUAUGGAGAGAUCAUUGACUUCCUGCAGCAGAGGGAGGUUCCUCUCCUGAAGGAGAGGCUGAUGAGGUCCAGCAGAGAGGAGGUGCAGCAGGAGGUGCAGGAGGAGAACAGGUACCUGCUGUCUGACAUCUUCACCUCUCAGAACGAGGAGGACUACGAAGAGGUGGACAACAGUCAGCUGACCUCCGUCCAACCAAGACCCAGCAGAAUGUAGAGACGGCAGCUCAGUGGUUCCACUUGUGAGACGCCAGCAGCAGGAUCAAUAAGCCCCGCCCCCUGUCUCCUGAGACGUGGCGCUGACUGAUUGGGUGUUGGUACAUUGAUCUUCUGAUUGAUCUUCACAUGAUUCGGUGGCAGAGACACAACUGGACUCGACCUUUAAUACAGAUGUGUUCAGCUGGUCAAGCAGCUUUGAUUAAAUGUGACCUUUGACCUUGAAACAGA